UGUUAAGUAAAGUAGUAAUCCAGAGAAAAAAAAAUCUAAACAGAAGAAGCAAAGCAUAUAAAGCAAACAUUAUUACAGCAUCAUUGAAACCAACAACUCCUCACAAAAAAAAAAAAAAAUUUCUUUUAAAAUCCUAAAGGAAGCGUAUGGAAGAAGAAGAAGGAGACGCGUCUACGCCGUUCUGGCUUCAAUCCCGCCGCAAUAACACUUACUUCCGCCGCACCUCUAGUCUCGGCGGCCGCGCAACCACCGUUGCCACACAAGCAUUCUUCGCCGGAGCCGCUGCGAUCCUCAUAGUCUACUUCAUCAUCCCUCCAUUCUUCACCUCUGUUUCACAGUUUCUCCGACCGCAUUUGGUCCGUAAAAGGUGGGACUAUCUCAACUUCGUUCUCGUCCUCUUCGCCGUCAUCUGCGGUUUCCUCAGCCGCAACACCGGCAACGAAGAAAGCAAUGACAACAAGGAAGAAGUCAGGGAAAACAAUGACGUCCUCAACGGAUAUAGUUUCGACAAAUUCUCGUCGAUCAUCGAUCGAGGCAGUGUAUCUAACGGUGUAGCUACGCCGCGUUAUUGGAUCGGUGAUCAGUUUCCUGAUCAGACGGUGUACAAGAGGUAUAGCAGUUUACGUAGUAGUAGCUCGUAUCCAGAUCUGCGGCUCCGAGAAUUCGAAACCGAUGAACGGUGGAGAUUUUACGACGAUACACGUGUAAGUCAAUGCCGUUACGAGGCUUUAGAUCCGACCAAUCGAAAUCGAGAAGAUGGCGGCGGUUCUGAUACUGAGAAAGUUGAGGUCGUUGCGACGGCGGAAGUUGAAGUAGUAGAAGAGCUAACAUCGCCUUCUAAUCCGCGGCCUCUGCCUUCUGCUCCGCCGUAUCCUUUUCCUGCUACGCCGUCACCUCCGCCGUCUCCGCCUCGUGCUCCUCCACCUUCUAAGCCAGCGAAGAGGAGGACAAAUAGAGUGUACCAAGAUGUUGCUGCAAAGGAAGAGAAGAAGGAGAGAGGUGAUCCUGUGGCGGCGACGCCUCUGGUUACUCCGGUUCCAGCUCCGGCGACGGUGUAUGAAAAGAUUGGUAAAGAGGAGAAGAAGAAAGGCGGAGCAAGUAAGGACUUUCUGAUUGCUCUACGGAGAAAGAAGAAGAAACAGAGACAACAGAGCAUCGACGGUCUCGAUUUACUCUUCGGCUCCGAUCAUCCAUUCGACUAUACACCGCCGCAUCCUCCUCCCCCGCCUCCUCCACCACCUUUCUUCCAAGGACUCUUCUCGUCUAAAAAAGGCAAAAGCAAGAUAACCUAUUCAGCUCCACCGCCUCCUCCGCCUCCUCCGCCGCCUCCGCCGCCUCCACCUCAUCGGAACUAUAAAUCACGCGCAUCAAUGGCGAAGACACACAAUUCUCCAUCAGAAGCAACUCAAUUCAUAUGCAUUGGAAGCGAAUCACCAUUAAUGCCGAUCCCCCCGCCGCCGCCUCCUCCGCCGUUCAAAAUGCCGGCGUGGAAAUUCGUGAAGCGUGGAGAUUACGUCAGGAUGGCAAGCAACGUCAGCAUAAGCUCCGAAGAGCCUGAUGAUGAUCCUGAUGUAGCUCAAUCAAGCUCAGUGGGGAGUAUGUUCUGUCCGAGCCCCGAUGUGGAUACCAAGGCUGAUGACUUCAUAGCGAGGUUCAGAGCUGGACUCAAGUGGGAGAAGAUGAACUCCGUGAAAAGAGGGAGAUCCAAUUUAGGACCCGAAUCCGAAUCUUAAACGGGUUUAUUAAAUCCUUUUGAGGCCUCGGCCCACCAUGCGUACAGACGUUGAUUUCUCUUUUUUGGAGUGUUUCAUUCUUGAUCGUCGAUCCCAUUUUUGGUGUG